CCAGCGCAUUAGUAAUGCGGUGCGGCGGGCGGUCUUCCGGGAGAGGCGCAGGCAGAAGAAGGCUGGCAUGCCGUCCAAUAUACCGCCAACAGGGUACAUGCCCGCAUCGCUGUCAUCGGAGUACGUACUUGUGCCGCCUGCACAAUCCGGAUACGUGCCUGCACAGCCUGCACUAUCUAUAUACAUGGCUCCGACGCCUGCAUCAUCCGGAUAUGUGCCUGCGCCAUCCGAAUACGUGCCUGUGCAGCCUGCACAAUCCGGAUACGUGCCUGUGCAGCCUGCACAAUCCGGAUACGUGCCUGUGCAGCCUGCACAAUCCGGAUACGUGCCUGUGCAGCCUGCACAAUCCGGAUACGUGCCUGUGCAGCCUGCACAAUCCGGAUACGUGCCUGUGCAGCCUGCACAAUCCGGAUACGUGCCUGUGCAGCCUGCACAAUCCGGAUACGUGCCUGCGCCACCUGUGCCAUCCGGAUAUGUGCCUGUGCCAUCCGGAUAUGUGCCUGCGCCACCCGCAUAUAUGCCUGCGCCACCCGCAUAUAUGCCUCUACAGCUUCAUAUGCCAUAUGGCGUCUUAUCGCUAAACAUUCGAAAUCGUUUACCGAAGAUGAAUUUGUAA